AUGACAACACAAAAUAUUUCUCCAUCCUCUUCGACUUAUAAAAUUCCUCAUCAACCAAUUACAUUGUGUAUUAUCGGUUCUGCUUGUUCCAAUAAACGAAUUCUUUCGUCACUUGAGGAUCGUUAUGUAUAUGAAUGUAUUAAUGAUGAACGACAAGUAAUUCGUACAUUGGUUGAAACAAAAACUUUAUUAUCACAACGUCAAUUACAAAAUGAAGAUAUUUAUACAAUUCGUUCUGAAAUUGUAUUAUCAUGUGCGGAAAAAGAAAUUAAUAUUUCUAAUUCGAAGAGUUACACAUGCAAUGAUUUUGUUCAUUAUCUUAGCGAAUCUGUUCGAAAAGAUUAUAGUGAUCAAGUAACAUAUGUUAUAUCACAUGCAAAUAUCGGUGAAAAAUAUCUUAUAAAGAAUUUUUUAUUUUCUUAUGAAGAUAUUUAA